AUGCGUGCCCUUGAGGAUUUCUACGAGAAGAACCAUCCUGAAUUUGUCGCUCUCCGCACCAAAUGCAAAGAAAUUCUCCAGGAAGAAGAGGAUCUUUCGGAAAUCGUGCAACUCGUCGGAAAAGCCUCGCUCGCCGAAUCGGACAAGAUCACUCUUGAGGUGGCCAAGAUCAUCAAGGACGACUUCUUGCAGCAAAACGGAUACACACCCUACGAUCGUUUUUGCCCAUUCUACAAGACUGUCGGCAUGCUGAAGAACAUGAUUUCAUUCUAUGACCUUGCGCGUCACUCAGUGGAAACGACAGCCCAAUCGGAGAACAAAGUCACCUGGGCGAUCAUCAGGGAUCACAUGGGAGAUUUGCUCCAUCAAUUGUCGUCCAUGAAAUUCAAGGACCCCGUGAAGGACGGUGAGGCGAAAAUCCGAAAAGACUACGAUGAUCUGUUGGAGGCAAUGCAAGCCGCCUUCCGAAACCUCGAGGAC